GGUAUGUGUAGUUGUUACGUGAAGCUCUACGUUUUGUUUAUAUUUAUGUACACAAACAUGAAACCAAUUAAUUUUACCAGUUUAAAGUAAAUAUAAUUCACAAAUACAUUUCAAAAAAAAUAUUUUAUACAUACCUACGUUAAGAUUGUUAGUAUUAGCUGAUAGUGUGUAAUAAUUCACGGGUGGUAUUUUUAAUGUAGUCGAUGGCCAAAACAACUGAAGAAGUAAAUUAAUGUUAUUGUUAUUGUAACAAUAGUUAGUUUUAGAAGCAUGUAGUUUAAAAACAAAUGAAUACUUUUCAAAUGAUUAGCCGGUUCCAAUGGUUGGAGAUUCUCAUUUGUUUGCUGAUAGCUAAUGUUCAAGUAACAUAUUGUGAUGAACCCUUACUGUUGUAUUCCACAAAAAAGGAUAUACGAAUAGCAAAUAGUGCAAAAACCAAUAAUACAAAAAUUAAACCUGUUGUUCUUAUUCGAAAUUUAACUGACGGAGCAGCAUUAGACUUUCAUUAUGCAGACAAAAAAAUAUGCUGGACAGACCACAAUCUUGAAAGUAUACAGUGUGCAACCUAUGAUGGAGUGGAAACAAAAGAUAAGAUUGAAAUAGUUACUAGUGGUAAUGGUUUGCUUUCACCAGAUGGACUAGCAUGUGAUUGGUUUACAAAUAAAUUAUAUUGGAUGGAUAGUGAAACCAAUCGCAUAGAAGUUGCAACCAUGACUGGGUUAUAUCGUAAAGUCCUUUACUGGACAGAUAUUGACCAGCCACGAGCCAUAGCUCUAGUUCCUAUGAAAGGUUUUAUGUUUUGGUCUGACUGGGGAGAAGUCCCUAAAAUAGAAAGAGCUGGCAUGAAUGGAGAUCCAUCUACUAGAAAAGUUAUAGUUUCAGAAAAAAUUUUUUGGCCAAAUGGUCUAACUAUUGAUUAUGAGGCAGAAUUAGUUUACUGGAUCGAUGGAAAAUUGUUGUUCAUAGAUGUAAUGGAUUAUAAUGGACGAAACAGGAAAACAAUAUUGAGAAAGGGGCUUGAAUAUCCUUUUGCAUUAGCACAAUUUCAGAAUAAGUUCUUUUGGACUGAUUGGAAAUCAUGGUCUAUCCAUGUUUAUGAAGCGAAUACGACAAUGGAACCAAAGGAAUUUAUCCACUCGGACUUUGUCCCGAUGGAUAUUCAUAUGUGGGAUGCUCGUCUCCAACCACAUCUACCUCACCCUUGUGAACGAGACAACGGCAAUUGCUCGCACUUGUGUCUCCUUGCGCCUUACCCUCCCGGUUACUCAUGCGCAUGUCCCAUUGGUAUCAAACUCAUAGAUAACCACACAUGCGCAAGCGGUCCCCAAGAAUUACUUAUACUUGCGCGACGCACAGACAUAUGUAUAAUAUAUUUAGAUUCCCCGGAUUACACUCUCAAAAUCCUACCCCUUACGGACAUAAAAUACUCAAUUGCGGUCGAUUAUGAUCCUGUGGAAGAUUAUAUUUAUUGGACAGACGAUGAGGUCAAAAAAAUUCAACGUGCUCGUUUAAAUGGGACGAAUCAAACGGACGUAAUCGUGUCGGAAAUAUCUUAUCCUGACGGGAUCGCAGUAGACUGGGUGGCACGCAAUUUGUAUUGGACUGAUGCGGGAAUAGACAGGAUCGAAAUGUCGCGUUUGAACGGGUCUUAUCGUAGAGUUAUUAUUAGUGAAGGUCUUCUUGAUCCUAGAGCGAUCGCUGUUGCUCCUGAAUUAGGUUGGAUGUUUUGGUCAGAUUGGAACGAAAAAAGUCCUAAAAUAGAGAGGUCUAACUUGGAUGGCAGUGAAAGAGAAAGUAUUGUAGAGAAGUAUUUAGGAUGGCCUAAUGGUAUUACUUUAGAUUUGAACUUGAUGAAAAUCUACUGGUGUGAUGCCAAGUUGGAUAGAAUUGAGUACUCAAACAUGGAUGGAUCUGAUAGGCGGGUUUUAAUUAGUGAUAAUUUACCCCAUAGUUUCGGAUUUAGCUUAAUGGGCGAUUUUCUGUAUUGGACUGAUUGGCAAAGAAGAGCUAUUGACAGGGUCCAUAAAGAAACAGGGGGUGGCCGAGAAAUAAUAAUCGACCAAAUAGCCAAUGUAAUGGGUCUCAAAGCGAUAAGAUUGGGGGAAGUACGCAGUAGUAAUCCGUGUGGUGUGAAUAACGGAGGUUGUUCCCAUAUUUGCCUUUAUAGACAUAAUAAAACCUACGUUUGCACGUGCCAAAUAGGCUACGAAUUAACCAAAGAUCGUCAUAAGUGCGUUGUACCUGAAGCUUUUUUAUUAUUUACGCACAAAGACAGUAUUGGAAGAAUCAGCAUCGAGAAUGAAAACAACGAAAUGGCAAUACCAGUGACUGGUAUUAAAUACGCCAGUGCUGUAGAUUUUGAUAUUGCCAAUAAGCGUAUUUAUUGGAGCGAUAGCAAACAGAAGGUCAUAAUGAGAGCCUACAUAAACGGAUCUGAUCCUCAACGAGUAAUAGAAUUAGGUCUUAUGUCUCCCGAUGGUAUUGCUGUUGAUUGGCUUGCACAAAAUAUAUACUGGGCCGAUUCAACUGCAAAUCAUAUUGAAGUAGCCCGUUUGGGGGGUUCGAGUCGACGCACUCUUUUGUGGAGAGAUAUUGAUAACCCUCGUAGUAUAGCCUUGCACCCUCAAGAAGGUUAUAUUUAUUGGUCAGAAUGGGGACGACUAAGAAGUAUUAAGAAAGCCGCAAUGGAUGGCACGAAUCCACAAACCCUAAUAUUAAAUGCUUUCUCUGCAACCGGUUUAACAAUAGAUUAUGAAGAGAAACGUUUAUUUUGGGCAGAACCAAAUACUCCAGCAAUUAUGUCGUCUGAUUUGAAUGGUUUGGAUAAACGAAUUAUAGUCAAAGAAGAUAUUGUCAGACCUAACAGUCUUACUUUGUACAAAGAUUAUAUUUAUUGGAGCGAUGAAUCCACAGGAGAAAUAUCAAAAGUAGAAAAAUCAUCUGGACUAAAUCACACAAAAAUUCAUUAUAUGCAAGAAAAAGUAACAGAUCUGCUUGUAUUUCAUUCAUCUAGACAAAAAGGGUUUACUCAGUGUGCUGUAAAUAAUGGAGGAUGUUCGCAUUUGUGUUUGGCACGCCCUUCUGAGACUUCGGAUGAUGAUGUAUCAUUCACAUGCGCGUGUCCUACACAUUAUACUCUACAAAAUAAUACAUGCACAGCACCAAAACAGUUCAUGCUAUACAGUCAAAGGAAUCUAGUCGUUCGCCUUUUACCCGAUACAUCAGAUUGUACUGAAGCGUUUAUUCCCGUUCAAGGCUUGAAAGGCGUAAAGGCAAUCGAUUUUGAUCCAGUGAAUCACUAUUUAUACUGGAUCGAAGGAAAGACUCAUUCGAUUAGGAGGGCCUUAGAUUCAGGACUUCACAUGUCCGUUGUAGUACCAGGUAGUCAAAACCAACAUCCUUUUGAUAUCGCGAUCGAUGCUAUUGGUCGUUUACUGUUUUGGUCUUGUGCUGCUCAGGAAGCUAUUAAUGUUACACGAUUAGAUAACAAUUCCGCUGUUGGAGUUGUUGUGCAGAAGGAGGGAGAGAAACCUAGACUAUUAGCAAUACACCCUACAAAAAGAUUAUUAUUUUACACUAAUGUUGGGACCGUUCCAUCUCUCAUUCGUACAAGAAUGGAUGGAACACAGAAGAUUGUGAUUUUUAAAGGAUCUGACAUAGCAGCUAUUGCUGUAGAUGCUGAAAAUGAAUUGAUUGUCUGGGCUCAAGGACAGAAUAUUUAUAUGAGCAAUAUUGAUGGAGACAAUCACUACGUCGUUUUAAAUGAAAGCAACUCAAAAAUAACGCAGUUAACAAUCUAUUCGGGUUGGUUGUACUGGCUGGACAAGCAAAUCCAGCAACUACAAGGCCGGGAAUUGAAAACAGGUGGUUCACAUUCAGUCGUCAUAAGCCACGCAUCCCUCGUCGAUCUAGUUUCCGUCAAACUUCUUGAUCGUAAUCACUCUUGUGCACAAUACCCUCGAAGGUGUUCUCACCUGUGCGUGAUGAACGGCACAAGUGCUGCCUGCGCAUGUCCGCACGGUCUUGCUUUACAAGAUGACAAACGAACUUGUGCCGCAUUGCCAGAUUGUGGUAACGAACAUUUUACUUGUUCUACGCAAACACAGAGUAUUAAAGACUGUAUACCGUUCGCAUGGAGAUGUGAUGGUCAGAUGGAUUGUGAGGAUGGGUCGGACGAGGCGGGAUGUCCCACAUGUCGAAACGAUCAGUUUCGUUGCCUUAAUGGCCAAUGCAUCGAAAGGUAUUUUUUUUUAUUUUUGACCGCACAGUUAAUUACAUACGUCUGACCACAUUAGAGCUUUCAGCAGCACUAUUUUCUGCCUAACCUGUGUAGUAAUUUUUUAUAUGUCAUAAAUAU